AUGCGCAGGCCGGCCAUUCGCCGCAGCGCAUUUUCGCCCAUGAAGAAGAGCUUCGCCCCCGCGCUCUCCACCCGAUUCGCCAGCACCGAUGCUACAAAGGAUGGCAAGAUCCAUCAAGUUAUAGGAGCCAUCGUGGACGUCAAGUUCGACACCGAGCAGCUCCCUGCUAUUCUCAACGCCGUCACAACCCAGAACGGUGACCAGAAGCUCAUCCUCGAAGUCGCUCAACAUUUGGGUGAGAACGUCGUACGAUGCAUUGCCAUGGACGGUACCGAGGGUCUCGUCCGAGGUUCCAAGGCCACCGACACCGGUGCCCCCAUCAAGAUCCCCGUCGGUCACGGUACCCUUGGUCGUAUCAUGAACGUCACUGGUGACCCCAUUGACGAGCGUGGUCCCAUCAAGGCCACCAAGUACGCCCCCAUCCACGCCGACCCCCCGGAGUUCACCGAGCAGUCCACCUCCGCUGAGGUCCUCGUCACCGGUAUCAAGGUUGUCGACCUGUUGGCUCCUUACGCUCGUGGUGGAAAGAUUGGUCUCUUCGGAGGUGCCGGUGUCGGAAAGACUGUGUUCAUUCAGGAGUUGAUCAACAACAUCGCCAAGGCCCACGGUGGUUUCUCCGUCUUCACUGGUGUCGGUGAGCGUACCCGUGAGGGUAACGAUCUGUACCACGAGAUGCAGGAGACUUCCGUCAUUCAGCUUGACGGUGACUCCAAGGUCGCCCUUGUCUUCGGUCAGAUGAACGAGCCCCCGGGUGCCCGUGCCCGUGUCGCCCUUACUGGUCUUACCGUUGCUGAGGAUGUGUUGCUCUUUAUCGACAAUAUCUUCAGGUUUACCCAAGCCGGUUCCGAGGUGUCUGCUCUUCUCGGUCGUAUCCCCUCUGCCGUCGGUUACCAGCCCACCCUCGCCAUCGACAUGGGUGUCAUGCAGGAGCGUAUUACCACCACCACCAAGGGAUCCAUUACCUCCGUCCAGGCCGUCUACGUGCCCGCUGACGAUUUGACUGACCCUGCUCCCGCCACCACCUUCGCCCAUUUGGACGCCACCACUGUCUUGUCCCGUGGUAUCUCCGAGUUGGGUAUCUACCCCGCCGUCGACCCUCUUGACUCCAAGUCCCGUAUGUUGGACCCCCGUGUCAUCGGUCAGGACCACUACGACACCGCCACCCGCGUUCAGCAGAUUCUCCAGGAGUACAAGUCCCUCCAGGAUAUCAUUGCCAUUCUCGGUAUGGACGAGUUGUCGGAAGCCGACAAGCUUACCGUCGAGCGUGCCCGUAAGAUCCAGCGUUUCCUGAGCCAGCCUUUCGCUGUCGCCCAGGUCUUCACUGGUAUUGAGGGCAAGCUUGUCGACCUCAAGGACACCAUCCGCUCAUUCAAGGCUAUCUUGACUGGUGAGGGUGACGACCUUCCCGAGGGUGCUUUCUACAUGGUCGGUGACUUCGAGUCAGCCCGCGCCAAGGGAGAGAAGAUUCUUGCCGAGCUCGAGAAGUCAUAG